UUAGUUAUGUGACAAAAAUGGAAGAACACAUUAACCGUUUAUUGCAGCUGCUUCAAUUGCAUGGAAGAACAACCUAAAAUCAUCCUUCUUCUUCAAUCUUUCACAUCUCCGGUCAGUAAUCUCUCACAAUUCCACAUCAAUCCACACCGAUUAACAUCAUAAAUCACGAAAAUCGAAUCAAAAUCUCACAAAUCACACUCGUUGUAUCGAAUUUCACAAUUAGGGUUAGGGCUUGCAGUUUCCGCUUGUUUAAUAUCAAUAUUAAGCUAUCAACCGAUCGAUUGUUCAAUUUAGGAAUUGCGUAUUUGAAAUUAACUGUUUUGAACCGAUUGAUUAGUGGAUAAUGAUAAUAAUUAGGGUUAGGAAUUAGAAUAAUCAGGGUUUUUUGUGUAUGGGGACUCGAACGAUGGGAUCACAUGGAAAAGAGUUGUAUAAUUUAACAUUGGAUGAGGUUCAGCGUCAGUUAGGGGAUUUAGGGAAGCCUUUGAGUAGUAUGAAUAUUAAUGAGCUUAUAAAGAGUGUUUGGAAUGCUGAAAGUGAGGUUGAUCAAGGGGGGAUUAAUCGGGAGACGCGGCUUGCGUCUGUGUCAUCGUCGGUGGCGGAUUUGAGUAAGAAAACGAUUGAUGAGUUGUGGCAAGAUAUGCUAAAGAAGAAGGAUGAUAAUGAUAUUGGUCAUGAUGUUGAUGAAAAGAGUACACGUGAGGAACGAACGACACUUGGUGAGAUGACGUUGGAGGAUUUCUUGGCGAAAGCUGGGAUUGUGGCGGAAUCGUCUCAGGAGAAGAAGAGUUCGGGUUUAGGAAGUGAAGUGGUUGCAUUGCCGCAACCGGCACAAUGGAUGCAGUAUCAAGUCCCGCCGGUUCAGCAACAACAUGUGUUCAUGCCAGGUCAUCAUCCAGCUCAGCAGAUGAUUAGUGAUGUGGGUUAUUCUGAGACGCAAAUGACGGUGUCUUCGGAUACACAAAUGUCUGGAAGGAAACGAGUUGCUUCUGGAGAUUUGAUGGACAAGACUGUUGAAAGGAGGCAGAAAAGAAUGAUUAAGAAUAGGGAAUCUGCUGCACGAUCAAGAGCAAGGAAACAGGCUUACACCCAUGAAUUGGAGAACAAAGUGUCACGUUUGGAAGAAGAAAACGAAAGGCUUAAGAGAGAACAGGAGGCAGAGAAGGCUUUGCCAUGUGUACCACCUCCUGAACCAAGGUAUCAACUCAGAAGAACAACUUCAGCUAGUUUCUAACACUCUUCAUGUCCAUCAUUAUGUAGAAACCCUGCAAAUUUUUUUUAUCUGUUUUAAAUUGUCCUUUAGGGACUUUGGAUUUUAUGUUUGUAUGUUUGCUAGUUUUAGUUUUACAUCAUAAUUUAAUUUUAUUUUCUACUGUGUA